CCGGCCGGAAGCUCCCCCUACAUCUCGCGAGAGUACAUCCCGGAGUAUCGCGAUAACUGCUCCGAUAAUCCCGGCUGCUGCUGUGGCGCGCGGGUCUCUGCCGCGGGAACUGACAUUGCGUUUCCGUUGCCAGCCUCUUCUGCAGGAGCCAUAUAUUGAAGACCAUGUCUGGGAGCUUCUACUUUGUAAUCGUUGGCCACCAUGAUAAUCCAGUUUUUGAAAUGGAGUUUUUGCCUGCUGGGAAGGCAGAAUCCAAAGACGACCAUCGUCAUCUGAACCAGUUCAUAGCUCAUGCUGCUCUCGACCUGGUAGAUGAGAACAUGUGGCUGUCGAACAACAUGUACUUGAAAACGGUGGACAAGUUCAACGAGUGGUUUGUGUCAGCAUUUGUCACUGCGGGGCAUAUGAGAUUUAUUAUGCUUCAUGACAUAAGACAAGAAGAUGGAAUAAAGAACUUCUUUACUGAUGUUUAUGAUUUAUAUAUAAAGUUUUCAAUGAAUCCAUUUUAUGAACCCAAUUCUCCUAUUCGAUCAAGUGCAUUUGACAGAAAAGUGCAGUUUCUUGGGAAGAAGCACCUUUUAAGCUAAAUGCAGGAAAUUCUGAAACAAACGAUGUCACCACAAUGGUGUAAACUCAGGAAUGUGUACAUUGUAAGUUACUUGAUUAAAUAGCCUGGAAAACUUUGUGUAGUCUCAGCUUAUCUAAACCUAGAAAUUCCUUUUAUAUUUAAAAAUCGUACUUUCCGUCUCAUGUCACAUAUCAGUUGGUAUUUCCUUGUGAACAGUGUUAUUUAUAAAGAGCUCAUUAUCAAAAAUAAGUAUUUUUAUUUAAAAAUUGGGAAUAAGCUUUUGACUUGCCCAAUUCAGAUAGGUUGCUCUUUUGCUUUUUUGAAAUGGAGUUUCGCUCUGUUGCCCAUGCUGGAGUGCAAAGGCAGUGUGCCCUUUGCAACCUCCGCCUCCCGACUCCAAGCGAUUCUCCUGCCUCAGCCUCCCAAAGUGCUGGGAUUACCGGUGUCAGCCACCAUACCCAGCCCAGAUAGGUUGAUCUUAAUGUAACAAUCUCAAAACAAAUGUCAUAGUCAAGAUUUGGUAGAUAGAUUGAAACUAAAUAUUUAAAACUAAAAUAUUCUGCAGUUGGGAAUGAAAUGUGAUAGCACAUAAUAAAUGUUAAUUUAUUUAUACAUUUAGAGAUGUUAUAAAAAUGUAUAGGCAGAAUACACAGCACUACUCAAGAAGCCAAAGAAACACUUGUGCAGUGCUAAAUGUCACAUGUCUGCUUCUGCCAGAGGCUAGGAAUAGUGAUCCUGCUAUAAUGUGAGAACCUGGAUCCAUGUUUGUGGAGUAAGAGGAUGGGAGCAGUUGCAGGCCACAGUGAAGUUCGUUGUUUCUGUCACUUUAUAUUCUUGUAUUUCCUUUCCCUCAAACUGUUGAUAGCAGUACUUAUAAAAAGUUGUAAGGCAGUUUUUAGGAUUGUUGUCAAAGAAAAGCUUGGAUUACAUUAACAUUUAUCUCAGCCUUUUAGGUGAUACACCAGAGGGCUGGGAAUGGUCUCUUUGUUCCUAUAAGUAGAUCUUACUGUAAAAUAGUAAAUGUCCAUUGAAAAGCAAGUAAUACAACCUUUGCUAAUUGGGAGCACAUGAACAAUUUUGUUCCAUUCUGACUAACUUUUGAGCAAUUCUAAGCUUUAUCUUGUAUCCUUGUGAAAUUGCUACCAUCAUCUUUACCCUAUUUAUUUGAUUUCUUAAAUAAAGAUGUUUGUUCAA